UGGCAACAUUGUUUUAUCUUUGACAUUUUAAAAUAAAAAAAUAUUCUGCCAGAUUCUACACGCUGAAAGGUAGUUUGUGAAAGUAUUUGUUAGAAGUUUUUAACAAAUUGUUAUAAAGAAGGCAGAAGGAAAAUAUAGUUACAAGUUUGCAGUUUAACAUGUCGGAUCAAUUGAGGGGCCGUGGGCGAGGCCUGGCCUUGCUACAGGCUCUGAAGAAGACUCAAGCGAGUUCAUCUUCCGAUGAAGCUUCAACGAGCACGCCUGGAGCUAGUGUAGCCCCGAGUGUAGUGAGCGAGUCUACUUCAAGUGUUGCACCUAGUGCUCUUUCAUCUGCCUCAAUAAGUACAGGCACUACAAUUGGUGGUAGAGGCAAGAUUGCGGCUAUGCUACUUGCAAAGGCUAAUGCUAAACCAGGAGCUCCACAAUUUGUUCCGGCUAGUGACGUCAGUCCAACACCGGCUAAAGGCGUUGGCAGAGGAAUCAAGCUAUUACAGUCUUUACAAGCUGCAAAGGCUGUCAGCGCCGCCGGUGAUAGCUCACGGUCUGAAGUAUCACAGAUCACAGAGAAAAUGUCCACAACAACCAUAACGAAGCCGCCUGACAGUACUCGUACGAAGAAAGUUUUUCGCGAAGUAAAAGACACACCUCCAGUCGUAAUGAAAGGUGUAAGUGGCACGCCAGUAGAUGUAACAGCAAAUUACAUUUAUUUGCAAUUCGAAGAGAACAGUGUAUACGAGUAUGAAGUUAGGUUCGAUCCAGAGCAGGAUUAUAUGAACUUGCGCUACAAACUUCUUGGUGAACACCACAAGUACUUCCCAAACAAAACGUUUGAUGGUACAACCCUGUAUGUCCCACAUAAACUACCCGAAGAAGCUCUCAACUUGGUGUCGACCAAUCCUUAUGACAGUAGCAAAGUUAGGAUCACUAUAAUAUUCCGCAGAACACGUCGCUUGAGUGAAAUGAUUCACAUCUACAACGUGAUAUUUAGGAAUAUUAUGAAUGAUCUACAACUGGUCAGGAUCAAUCGAGAACACUUCAAUGACCGAGCAGGUAUACCAAUACCUCAACACAGAUUGGAAAUUUGGCCUGGCUAUGUGACAGCAGUGAGUGAAUACGAAGGAGGUCUAAUGUUGACCUUAGACUCUACACACAAAGUGAUUCGGACUCAAACAGUGCUGUCAUACAUUAAAGAGACUGUCCAACAAGAAGGGACUGGCUGGAAGAAGGCUAUGGCUGAGAGGCUCGUCGGAUGUUCCGUUAUGACUACAUAUAACAAGAAAAUGUACAGGGUAGACAGUAUUGACGAUGAAAAGACACCAAGGUCAACAUUUGAGAAGCUUGAAAAUGGUGUACCAGUGAAGAUAAGUUACGUUGAUUAUUACAAGAAACAAUAUGGUAUUGAAAUCAAAGAUUGGGAUCAACCAUUAUUAAUAUCAAGGGAUUCUAAACUGUUACCUGGUACAGAAGGCAAAACAGACUUCAUGAUUUCUUUGAUUCCCGAACUGUGUCAGUUGACUGGCCUCACAGAUGAUCAACGAAGCAAUUUUAAAUUGAUGAAGGAUGUAGCAUGCCAUACCAAAAUAACGCCUAAUCAACGCCAUGCUGCAUUCAAAAAGUACAUAGAAACGGUGAUGAAAAACGAAACCGCUAAACGUCGAUUAUCCGGAUGGGGUCUCAGCAUAGCUCCGGAGACAAUAAACAUCACUGCCAGAACGUUACAACCGGAGACACUGUUCUUCGGUAACAAUGUCCGAGUACCAGGGAAACCUAAUGCGGAGUGGAGCGGUGAAGUCACAAGAAACCAUGUGAUGCAAGCUGUUGAUAUCUACAAAUGGGCGCUCUUGUACACUGAUAGGGACAAGAGAGUUGUUGCGGACUUUGUGGACACAUUGAAGCGAUCCUGUCGUCCAAUGGGUAUAAAUGUAUCAGAGCCCGAAAUGUUUCGGCUACCGAACGAUCGCACGGACGCUUACGUUAACGCCUUGAAGAAGAUCAUCGUUCCCGACCUUCAGAUCGUGGUAGUAAUCUGCCCGUCUGCUCGCGACGAUCGUUAUGGUGUUAUUAAGAAAAUAUGCUGCGCUGAAAAUCCUGUACCGUCACAGGUGAUAAACGCCCGUACGUUAAUGAACGCGAAUAAGAUUCGUUCGAUAACGCAAAAGAUCCUAUUACAAAUGAACUGCAAGCUGGGCGGCACUUUAUGGAACAUUAAUAUACCAUUUAAGUCAGCUAUGGUUAUUGGUAUCGAUUCUUACCACGAUGCUUCGCGGAAGAAGCAGAGUGUUUGCGCUUUUGUUGCAUCGUAUAAUCAAUCAAUGACUCAUUGGUACUCAAAAGUAGUGUUCCAAGGUCGUGGCCAGGAAAUAGCGGACCAUCUCAGGGACUGCUUUGUACAAGCUAUCAGAGUCUACCUCAGUGUAAAUGGUAAUUUACCUGACAGAAUUAUUAUAUACAGGGACGGGGUAGGCGACGGUGAACUAAAUGUGAUAAAGGACUUCGAAAUUCCUCAAAUGCAGAUCUCUCUAUCUUCGUUUGAAGGCAAGACUGUACCGGCAAUCACAUACUUAGUCGUACAGAAACGUAUCAACACAAGGAUAUUCAUGAAAACUCCUAAUGGACUUGAAAAUCCUAACCCAGGAACUAUCGUGGAUCAUGACAUUACUAGACGCGAUUGGUACGACUUCCUAAUAGUAUCACAGAAAGUGAACCAAGGUACGGUGACCCCGACGCAUUACGUAGUUGUUCAUGACGACAGUGAUAUGACGCCAGACCAGUGCCAAAGACUGACAUACAAACUCUGCCAUCUUUAUUACAACUGGCCUGGUACCGUCAGAGUGCCAGCGCCCUGCCAGUAUGCCCACAAACUAGCGUCUCUAGUCGGCAGUAGCGUACAUCAAGAACCAGCCGAGUCAUUAGCUAACAAACUGUUCUUCUUGUAAGAAAGUAUUAG